GUAUGAGCCAAUUAAAAUCUAUAAUAAGCAGAGCAGGAGGCUUUCUACUCGGAUCUGCUCUCUCCAUUGCAUCUGCUUCAACCCCGCCGCCUCUAGCCACCGCCGCGUCUUCCUCACCCUCCGCCGUCAUGGAAACUCACAAAACCAAAGUCUGCAUCGUCGGAAGCGGUCCCGCAGCACACACAGCGGCGAUCUACGCAGCCAGGGCGGAGCUCAAGCCUCUCCUCUUCGAAGGAUGGAUGGCCAACGACAUCGCCCCCGGCGGCCAGUUAACGACCACCACCGACGUCGAGAACUUCCCGGGCUUCCCCGAAGGUAUCCUCGGCAUCGACAUCGUCGAGAAGUUCCGGAAGCAAUCUGAGCGAUUCGGUACGGAGAUCUUCACGGAGACGGUGACCAAGGUUGAUUUCUCCUCGAAGCCGUUUAAGCUCUUCACCGACUCGAGAACCGUGCUCGCCGACGCGGUGAUUAUUUCCACCGGAGCUGUGGCGAAACGGUUGAGCUUCACCGGAUCUGGUGAAGGCGCUGGAGGUUUCUGGAACCGAGGGAUCUCGGCGUGUGCUGUAUGCGACGGAGCUGCUCCGAUCUUCAGGAACAAGCCUCUGGUGGUUAUCGGCGGCGGAGAUUCGGCCAUGGAGGAGGCCAACUUUUUGACCAAGUAUGGAUCUAAGGUUUAUAUAAUCCAUAGGAGGGAUACGUUUAGGGCGUCGAAGAUUAUGCAGCAGAGAGCUUUGUCGAAUCCUAAGAUUGAAGUGAUUUGGAACUCUUCGGUGGUGGAGGCUUAUGGGGAUGAGAACGGGAAAGGCGUUCUUGGGGGUUUGAAGGUGAAGAACGUUGUUACUGGUGAUGUGUCGGAUCUCAAAGUGUCUGGAUUGUUCUUUGCUAUUGGGCAUGAGCCAGCUACCAAGUUCUUAGAUGGGCAGCUUCAGCUUGAUGAGGAUGGCUAUGUUGUGACCAAGCCUGGUACCACUAAGACGAGUGUGGUUGGUGUGUUCGCUGCGGGAGAUGUGCAAGACAAGAAGUACAGGCAGGCUAUCACUGCGGCAGGAACUGGGUGCAUGGCGGCUUUGGAUGCGGAGCACUACUUACAGGAGAUUGGAUCUCAGGAGGGUAAGAGUGAUUAGAGAAGAUGUAGGGGAAGGACCCAAUUAUAAGAAAUAAGCUAUUUCACCAAUAAAUGAUCUAAAAAAAACAAUGUGAGGGAUUUUGAGUUAGAGUUUAUGUGCGUUUGCAGUUGGAGUUGAGACUCGAUUGUGUGCCAAGUUGUAACUCUUUAGUAGUUACAGCUUUUCGACCAUUGUUCUUCAUUUGUUGUUUCCUCAGGUGAGGAUUUUUUAGUUAAUUUGAUUGUGUUUUUUUCAGCUUAAAUUGAAUGAAUGGAUUGGUGGAGUCGUUAGAGCUGGUGAAACUAUGGAAAUGGUUUUUUGUAGACAAGGUAAAGAAAAAAGUACAAAAUUUAGUAACAAAAUUAAUUCUCUUAAAAAUAGCAUAAUCGG